AUGGGUUCAUCUCCAAAAUGUCGUCUCCUACUCCCGGUGUUUUUGUGGGCUUGUGCCAUUCUUCACACAGGUUUAUCCGUUGAUCUGGAAUUGCGAGACAAGACGGCCACCCAGAGUAGCACCUACUAUGCCCCUUCUCUCGGCAUUGAUCUGGUGGCAGACCGAGCAUUAGACGGAGAUAUCUCAACAAUUUCACACACGUUGUGCAGCGGAAACCAAUGGUGGAGAGUUGAUCUGGAGGCUGCGUACUGCUUGACAAGAAUCGCUGUAGUCAACAUAAAUGUUAAUGGUGACAGACUGAGAGGUGCCAUAGUACGGGCUGGUUUGAGUUUAACUCACUCUCAGAACACACAGAUAGGAGAUGAAGUCACAAGUACCCAGGCAACUAACGGAGCAGUGAUUGAUUUCACAUCGAACCAAGCCAUCUCUGCUCGAUACGUUAGUGUGGAACAGACAGGGACUUGCCUUCAACUGGCUGAAGUCAGGAUCGGUACAGAAGACGUCAUUACAAGCGUAACGCAAACAAAUGUCGAUGCUACUGGUAUGACAGUCAGCUGGUCUUCAGUGCCCUGUGCUGAUUAUUACAGCGUGCAGUAUGCCCUGACCAACAAGGAUAACUGUGAAAGCAUCAGUUCACCAACCUAUAGCAGUCCAUGCAAUAUGUGCCUGGGAAGCAUGACAACUAUAUACAGUCUGAUGCCAAACUCCGGGUACACUGUGCGAGUCAAGGCUCAUGUAUACGGUGCAUACGGACCAAUAAAAACAGUAACCGUCACAACCGCAUCAUCAGCACCGACUGGCCCACCCACUUCUGUGACACCUGGGUCUCAAGCCCAACGCAGUCUAACCUUCUCCUGGAGCCUCCCAGCGUGUGGAAGCCGAGGCGGUGUCAUCACAGGAUACGAUUAUAGGCUAAGUACAAGUGGCGUUGCACCAAUGACUGGUCAGACUACAGCUAGUCUGUCUGGUGGAGCAGUUACAAUAGAUGGACUUACUCCCUCUACUUCUUACAGUUUUCAAGUUGCUGCAAGGACUAAUGAUGGGACUGGACCGUACAGCGCGGCUGUAACAUCAACAACACAAGAAGCAGAGCCUACAGUUCCCCUUAAUGUUCGCAUCCAGUCGACAGAUUACAUGUCUGUCAGUCUGAGCUGGAGUGAACCAGAUCCACCGAAUGGACGCAUCACACACUACAGUGUUCGCUACUGGAGGAGUGGAGACAUGGGAACCAUGCUGACUGACACCAAUGUAAUGUGGAUGAUGCAUCGGGUCACGAGCCUGCAAGUCAGCUCAACAUACCAAUUUCAGGUGCAAGCUGUGACGUCUGCUGGUCCCGGUCCUUGGAGUGAGCCUAUCCAAGCAACGACAGCAAUCGGAGUUCCCGGGGCUAUUAGGAAUCUCCUCUGGACCGAGAGAACUGAAACUUCCAUCACGUUAGAAUGGAGCCCUCCGAUUGUUGGAUACAUCGUUGGUUACACUGUGGAGUACAGAAUCUUAGAGAGGCCUUACGACCAGGAAUACACCGCAGAGGACACUUACAUCACAGAAGACAUUCCGAGUGCACGAUUUGUUAAAGACGAUCUUGAGCCAGGCACAAAAUAUGAAUUCAAGAUAUCGGCUAAGAACGAUAUGUUUACGGGAGAUCCAAGAACCUUACAGGUGUAUACAAAGCCACAAUCAGAUCCACCUGCUCCUCCCAAACCCACUUCAAUUCAAGACACAACCACAGACAUGACAGUCACAAUUCAGUUGGCAAUUCCGAAGUCUAACAAGUACAUAGAGUCACAUGUUAUUGAAGUAAAGAAGACUGGAACAUUAUCUGUGACCAAGAGAGAUGUUCUCGUUCCAAGACGUUACGAGGACUCCGUAGACGAUUACAUUGCUGCUGAAUUUCCUAAGAAUAGCCUUCCUGCUGAAUUCGUAGUUGGAGACUCUACGAUGUAUGGCGGCUACAGGAACGCACCGCUGCAGAGAGAUGCUGUAUACAACAUCCGUGUUGGGUCUGUUACCAAAGGCAACGAAACUGAUGCCACUGUGACAUAUUCAGAGUCAUUGACAGUCAUUGUGCAAACGCCAUCAGCUGGUGCCGCCGUCAUUGCUGCUGCCGUGCUUGGUGCGAUAGUUUUCGUCUUGGUCCUAAUGAUUGUCAUCGGGUGUGUGGUGUGGAAAAGACGAACUCGCCAAAAUGCCUCAAAUAGCUCUCUAGUGCCUACAGCUAUGGAACUGGCUGCCAAAUCUACAACCCACGAAAAUGACUCACUAAGUGCUGUCAACACUAAUGGCCAGAUAUACGAGGAUGUUGGGCUUCCCGCCUGGGCCAGGAAACUGGAAAUCAAAUGGGAGAAUUUGAUCAUCGAUGAUGAGAUUCUGGGUAAGGGUAACUUUGGCGAGGUACGGGCAGGAGGCGUGAGGAUCAGAGGCCGAGUCACCGAAGCAGCCAUCAAAACUCUCAAAGACAGCACCUCUGAUGCUGCUAUGGAUUUCAAGGCGGAGUUGCAGACGAUGGCGGGCAUCAAACCACACCUUAACAUUGUACGUCUCCUUGGCGCAUGUUUUCAUGAAGGCAUUCUGUAUGUGGCACUGGAGUUUCUUCCCAACGGCAAUCUUCGUGAUUAUCUGAGGAGCACUCGCCCGAAGCAGAAAGGAGCUGGCGACUCAACUGACCUAGCAUCUCCGCUGACUUCUUCAAACCUGUUGAAAUUUGGCACAGACGUUGCCAAAGGAAUGGAUCAUCUGUCCAAGACAGGGAUUAUCCAUCGUGACUUGGCUGCAAGGAACAUCCUCCUUGCUGAAGACCUGACCGCCAAAGUGUCUGAUUUCGGCCUAUCCCGAGGGGAGGACAUCUACGUUCAGAAAUCUUCGACCAGGAUUCCUGUUCGCUGGAUGGCCAUUGAAUCUUUGACGCGUCGUGUCUACAAGUCCAAGAGUGAUGUGUGGUCGUUUGGCAUCUUGCUGUGGGAGAUAGCAACAUACGGAUCCACUCCGUACCCUGGUAUUGUCACCAAGUCACUGGCCCAAAGACUGCUGGAUGGAUACCGCAUGCCCAAGCCGGACAACUGCGCUGAUGAAAUUUAUAAUCUGAUGUUGAAGUGCUGGCAAGAAGUUCCAAGCAAGCGUCCAACAUUCAAGGUACUCUACGACGCUCUCGAGAAGAUGAACUCCCAGUCAGAUGAAAUUGUUUACUUGUCACCAACUGUCUACGAGAACUUUAUCAUCAAGCAUGAGUUUGAUGACAACUAGAUGACGUCAUUACCUUGACGCUGUAAUGCAUCAUCAUCGCAUCUAUUCAAGUGGUUCAGCAUUUUUCCUGAUGGUUUUCAGCGUCGAGUUUAAUCAUUUAUGCAGACUUUAUUUUGUAACAAUGUGAGGUGGAACAUAGCAGCUUAUGUCGCUGUACUCAGCAGAUCUUAAUUCAUUCAGAAUUUAGCCUGAUAAAUUUACAGCAAGGCUUACUAAAUGUAUUGUAUUUCUUAUCAAAUGUACAGCUUAUUUACGGCUUUAUAAUAUGCCUUUGCAUUAGGUGACAGAUCGCAGUAUGUGUGUCAUACUUUUGUUUUAAUCUCAAAUGAAUUUCGCAUGAGACCCUGUUUCAAUAAAUCAAUUGUUAAGUUGUAUAGCAAGGACGUUACCAUUAAAUACCGAUGUAUUGUAUAUACAUGUAGUUGACGCCUUAAGCAUUUAACCUUUGGAGUAACACUGGGAUAUUUUGUAUUGUUAAAUUUGGUUAUUGACAUUUUUACUCAGAUAAACAAUUAUAAGGCUCAAUUGUGUAU